GAAAUCACGUAGCGCACGCGCAAAGAGGCAAGAGUUUGAAGAUCCGGUACUGAAGAAAAACUUUCUCGGAAAAUUCUAUCUUUCUCGGAGGGAAGAAGAUCGGUGUUUUCCAUAUCGGAGAGGUCUUUCGUUUUCUCUGCUGAUCAGCUUCGGAUUGAAUACAUCCCAAGAUGGAUCCUAGCCAGGCACCAGUUGAAAACUAUGCGAACCCAAAUACAUGUCUCUUCCAUGUUCUCUUCAAGGGUGCUGCGCUGGCGUUUUACAUUCUAUCCGCUCUCUUCUUCAACAGCUUUGUCAUCAUCUUUGUCGUGACUGUUCUUCUUGCUGCCCUUGACUUCUGGGUGGUUAAGAAUGUGAGUGGCCGUAUACUGGUUGGUCUCAGGUGGUGGAAUGAGAUCAAUGACUUGGGAGAAAGUGUCUGGAAAUUUGAGUCUCUUGACCAGGAGUCCUUGGCUCGGAUGAACAAGAAAGACUCGUGGCUUUUCUGGUGGACGCUUUACCUUGCAGCAGCUGCGUGGUUGAUCCUUGGGGCAUUUUCACUGAUAAGGUUUCAGGCCGACUACCUGCUGGUUGUCGGCGUUUGCUUGUCCCUCAACGUGGCUAAUAUCAUCGGCUUCACAAAGUGCAAGAAAGAUGCAAAGAAACAGUUUCAGCAGUUUGCCUCACAGACAAUCGCAUCAAGGUUCCAGUCCACGGUACAAUCUGCCUUCACACUUGUUUGAGAAUAAAAAAUGUUUUAGUGAGAGCAAAGACAGUGUACAAAGAAGAUUGUCGCCAUAAGCAACACCAUGUUUUUUUUGACUGAUUGUUUUUCUCCACUAUAUAUUAAGGGAUUAAGGGAUUUGAGAAAGAGGCUUAUCAUAUUCGUCUUUUUGACAUGUAUAUUACAUUUUCGACUUACCCUA